GAUACCUUGAGUAACACCCUUGCAGUUAAAAAUGAAGACGCUGGAUCAUUUGAUUUUAAUACGCUUUUGCAUACUUAUUAUCUCGUUCCGGACAUUUCUAAGGUUUCAAUCAAGGGACUCUCCAAUAUUACAUACAUUGAUAAAGUCGAAAAUUUUACUAGGGUUCUGGAUACCAAUGAUUCGAUAAAAAUAGAUCGAGAAGUAGAUCGAAUCUAUUCCAAUGUUUCUCAGGAUGAGAUUUAUAUCGAUUUAGGAUACGGUGCUUCUGGGAAUUUCAUCCUGAAAAAGAUUAAUUUGAAAGAUACAGUCGUUUGGAAUCCAUGGGUUGAUCGAGCACGCAAUUUUUCUGAUUUUGGAGACGAAGAAUAUAAACAAAUGGUUUGCGUAGAACCGGGAACCGUUUCAUACAUAACCUUAAAUUCCGGUGAGACUUGGGAAGGUGGACAAAUAUUGAGUAUUACUCC